AGGUGUGCAAAAUAUAAGUCCUCAUCAUAAGUACAUCCAUCUCUUCUUUGUUGGUAUUUGGUAAUUCAUGUGCAGGACCCAAAAUGCUGAUCAGUGCCAAAAAGUGAGACCAUUCUGAUAACUGACGCUCGCGCUCCGCCUAGUGGCUAUUCCAGCAACUCACGAGAACGAAUUUAUUGGAAUUCUAAUCUCGUGUCCAGAUGUUCCAGACAUGAUCCUGGAUUUAAUGAUCCACAGACUACACGGUUAAGCAAUUAUAAUACCCCCCGCCGAUAAACAAAUGUUCUUCAAUAGCCAAUUGCAUGCCAGACGGUUUCCAAAAUGACUGCAGUAUGUCGAUUCGCUUGUAUGCUUGUGACCUUAACCAGAUGUUUUGCAGUUGUGCGUAAAUUUCCAAUGAUUGAUGACGCAAAAACGGGACUACCCCCUACCUUAUCCCUAUCCCGCACAGGAGUUCAGUACAGCAGCUGCAGAAGACGGAGAGGACGAAAGAUGAAGUUUGUGGCUUGUGUUAUUUGUGUGGUCCUUCUGACCUAUCUGACUGCCGAGGCAUCGCCGGUCAUUAAGGAGAGCUUCGCCAAGCAGCUCCUCCGGACCAAGAGGCAGAAGGCCGGACAUCCUGACGAGCCCAUGAGGGAGCACAUGCUGCACAUGCAGCGACUGGAGCAGAGGGCACGCGAGACCAACUUGGAGAACUGGCUGAAUCCUCACUGCUUCCCACGCUGCGACCGCAACUACGGCUACCCCGUCUAGUACCAAACUGUGGGUGUUGGUGAUGCUGAUUACGACGAUGGAAAUGACAGACCAAGAGACAGACGUCGGAAGGAAGUCCUGCUUAUCGGCGCAUCUCUUUUACGCGUGCCGCAUAGAAGGACGUCUUCGGGGAAUUUGCAAUCCUUUUGACACCUAGGCUAUAUUUAGUUUAGGUGACAUACUGUUCACGUGUAUAAUGGUAACGAUGCUACAUAAAAUUUCGUGUAAUUAGAAUGACUGCCUUUGCGAAAGCUAUGCCUGGAUGAAAAUAAAGCAUUCAAUAAAAGCAUAUGGCAAAUAAA